AUGUACUAUGACCUUAUGGCAAUGGCGAAGUUUCAUAAGAUACCACUAUCUUCGCAAUCUGAUACUUCACAGGUACAUAAUACAACUCAGUUUGGUGGGACUCAACAUUUAUCAAUCUACCAAUUACCAAAACGGUCAUUUCCGACUUUUUCCGGUGAUAUAACCGAAUUUCAAGGGUUUGAAGAUCUUUUCUUGUCAAUACUUUCACAUACCCCGUACAUGUCUGACGUUGAAAAAUUUGAAUGCCUACGGACAUCAUUGGUGGGAGAGGCACUCUCUCUGAUAGUGCAUCUCACGUUAACACCAGCAAACUAUAAAAGUGCUUGGGAAAUUCUGCGGAGUCGGUAUGGAAAUAAGCGUGACUUAGCUCGGAUCCAUCUAGAUGCUUUGCUAACACCACAUACCGUUACAUUUAACAAUGACGAUUCAAUUAAACGCGUAAUAAACACGAUUCUGGAACACACCGCUGCAUUAGACAAUCUGACCUUUGCUACUCGUCAGUGGGGUCCUAUACUCAUUCACAUAUUUGAAAAACAUCUGGAUUAUGAACUGAGGUCUCGCUGGGAACUGACAGUCGGUGAUAACUUUUCUCCACAAAUUAACGAAUUCGUUGAUUUCUUACGUAGUCAUAUCCGUUCGGCAGAAGUACACUCGUACAGUCACACACAAGCGGGAAAUGCAACCAAACCAAAAGGGACAUCUCAAAAAUCGACCUCAAAUUCAAAACCUGGACCGUCUCCUAAAGUGUUAACCACAAGCACUCCUAAGACGUUUACCAAAAGCUGUGCCAUGUGCAAAGAUACUCAUUCCAUACGUUAA